UGAGAAUGAAAGUGAAAGUGUCAAAGUGGGAGCUACACAUGUAAUGUGGAUGAAAGGUUUGCGGCGUUAACACAGACCAUAUCAAACGUUCGGAGUGGCAUAUUAUUUUCCUGUGACUUAGUUCAUCAUCAAAGAGACUUGAAAGUGAGUCCUUUAUUUAAACAUUGGAAUAGCAGGCUCCAGGGUCAUGCGGCUGCGUCUCAUUUCCCUCCUUCUUAUCGUCAAAGCGUGUCGACUCAAUACUGCCAGUCCAGACGUGUGCCCACCCCUGUCUCAUUGGAAGCUCACCAAGCCCCUGAACACGAGGGAUAGUUAUCAAGAAAACGAAUCUCUGCGCUACCAGUGUGUGGAUGGCUAUGUGAGGAAGGCGGGAACCUCCAAUCUCACCAAGUGCAAACGGAUUGGUCAGGUUCUUCAGUGGACACUCCCAACACUGAUAUGCAUACCUGACCCAUCCAUUCCAACUACGAUAGAACCUUCAACAACCCACAAGACAACUCAAUUUCCUACAACGCACCUCUCAGUGCCCACAGAGAGAGUUAGCCCAAGACCAAUCACUCUCAGUUCACUUUUAUCUCAAACACUGCAUUCGGUCACAGAGACCCAAGAGGUCAUUACUACGGUUACAGUGACAACCACCAUCAUCAGUGACAUCACAUCAGUGCCAGUGGAUAAGUCCAGUGCAGUGACCUCUGUCUCCACGAAGACUGUUUCUCCAUCAGAGAGUUACUGUGUCACCAACAGAACCCCAACCUCCAGUGAGGAUCCAGGUGGCGAUGGAAGCACUGGGAAGAGUUCUGCUACAGCCAUAUAUGCGGGUGUAGGUGGUGUGAUAGUAACCAUCUUGCUGGUUGCAGCGUUUGGAGUACUAAUGUUUUGGAGAAGGAAACGGAUGCAGCGGCUUGAUCUGUCGCCAACACCAGACGAAAUUAUGCAAAUGAAUGUUGUGACUUGAGCCACACUCCUUAGUGCCCUGACGGACAACCAGCAGCCACCUAGAAAAGACAAAGGUGCAACAGUCUGAUGGUGGGGGAACAAUGACCUUGGAUUGGACAAGAACUGGACCAAAAAUGAGUGUCCUCGCGUGGAAAAUUAAAAUAACAAAAGCACCACCCAAAUUGAUUAAUUUAAGACAUUGAUUUAUUUAAUUGAUUAAUUAAUAUCCUUAAACUGGCAAAGAUUCUAACUAAUCACAACAGCCCAAAAUCCAUGGGAUUACUUUCUCACUGAAUUCACAAAAGGUAUGUGAUAAACAUGCAACUUUGGAGAACAGUGAAAGUUAGGCCCGACUAACCGGUGCCUGUAUAUAGCCUUGCUACUGUAUAUAGCUUCGCUACUGUAUAUAGCCUCGCUACUGUUAUUAUUCACUGUAUUUUUACUGUUGUUUUUUAUUUCCUUACUUACUCCCAGUUAGAUAGCAAAUGUUCCUUUUUUUCAAAAAUAUUAUUUUUUUGUAAGCUAAAUAGCUCCGUUUGUUCUUCACGUUUGGCUGAGAAAUCGCCCGGAAAUUGCAGUCACGAAAACGGCGAAAUAUAUUCCAAAUUAGCUCCAUAAUAUCGACAGAAACAUGGCAAACGUUGUUUAUAAUCAAUCCUCAAGGUGUUUUUCAAAUAUCUAUUAGAUAAUAUAUCCAUCGGGACAAUUCGUUUUUCAGUAGGACCGAUUGGAGUAAUGGCUACCUCUGUAUUUUACGCGAGAAUCUCUCUGGCAGCAUCAGGUGACCACUUGCGCAAUGUAGCCGCUUACGGGUAUUCUUCAACAUAAAUGUGUAAAACUACGUCACAAUGCUGUAGACACCUUCGGGAAUAUGGAGAAAGAGUAAUCUGGUUGAUAGCCCAUUCACUGAUCAAUAGGGACUCAUUGGAACGCAGCGCUUUCAAAACAUGGGGCACUUCCGGAUUGGAUUUUUCUCAGGCUUUCGCCUGCAACAUCAGUUCUGUUAUACUCACAGACAAUAUUUUUACAGUUUUGGAAACGAGUGUUUUCUAUCCUAAGCUGUCAAUUAUAUGCAUAUUCUAGCAUCUUGUCCUGACAAAAUAUCCCGUUUACUAAGGGAACGUUUUUUUUUCUUCAAAAAAUUAAAAUACUGCCCCCUAGUCACAACAGGUUAUUAAGGGCCUUCACCUUCCCUGGGUUAGCUCUAACUUAAUACAGUUGUUCAGAGAAAGGGGUAUAAAGCCUGGGCAAAGUACAGUAGAAAAAAUGGUCACCAAAGAUCCAACUGAUUUGGAGUCCUAUAGCAAAUUAUGAAACGCUGGUAAAACUAAAGCUAGAAAAGCCUCCUAUAUGGAUAGUCUUACAAAAAAUAAAAACAAAAAUCCACAGCAGUUCUGAAAAUACACAAAUGACCUUUGAAAUAAUCUGGCUUUAGACCCAACCAUUCUACCACCUACAGCGUUAUUGAAAUUUACUAAUGAUUUAUAUUCUUAAUCUGACCAAGGCCAACUAACUGGUGCCAUCAUUGAUUUAGUUGGGAAUUCUAUUUUACUAGCAAAGCGUUAACAUUGGUUUCACUAACAAAUCACCAAACUGGUUUCAUGCAUAUUUUAGCAUUAGAAAACAAUAAGUUUUCAUAGACGGACACAAAUCACAACUUCUUGGACUCAGUAGAGGAGUACAUCAAUCUCUAUAGUCAUAAAUGAAUUGCCUCUAAUUUGUCAGGAUACACAAGAUCACUUAUACGCUGAUGAUGCAGUGCAGUAUACAUCCAGUUCAAAUCAUUUACAGAUACAAGCAACUCCAAAAUUAUUUGAACACUUUACAAAAAUGGUUUCUAGCAAAUAAUUUGUUUUUAAAUCAAACAAAGUCCUAUAUCCUAAGUCCUGUGUUAUUGACUUGUUUAUUGUUUACUCCAUGUGUAAUUCUGUGUUGUUGUCUGUUCACCCUGCUAUGCUUUAUCUUGGCCAGGUCGCAGUUGUAAAUGAGAACUUGUUCUCAACUAGCCUACCUGGUUAAAUAAAGUUGAAAUUAAAUUUAAAAAAUGCUGUUUGGUUUGACACAGAAUGAACUCCAUAGCUGGAAAUUUCAAAAUUCUUUGAAGUGAUGGAACAAUGCUUGAAAGUGUUGAUUGUUUGUUUGAAAUAUCUGGGUUUGAGGAUAGAUUCUAAAUGAUCUUUUGGAAAGCAUAUUGAUUAUAUUAGAAAACAAUUGACUACAGUGCAUUCGGAAAGUAUUCAGACCCCUUAAUUUUUUCCACAUUUUGUUACAGCCUUAUUCUAAAAUCGUUUAAAAUAAUUGUUUUCCCUUAUCAAAUGAGGCAAAAACAGGUUUAGACAUUUUUGCAAAUGUAUUACCAAUAAAGAACUGAAAUAUCACAUUUACAUACUGUAAGUAUUCAGACCCUUUACUCAGUACUUUGUUGAAGCACCUUUGGCGGUGAUUACAGCCUCGAGUCUUCUUGGGUAUGACGCUACAAGCUUGGCACAACUGUAUUUGGGGAGUUUCUCCCAUUCUUCUCUGGAGAUCCUCUCAACCUCUGUCAGGUUGGAUGGGGAGCGUCGCUGCACAGCUAUUUCCAGGUCUCUCCAGAGAUGUUAGAUUGGGUUCAAGUCCGGGCUCUGGCUGAGCCACUCAAGGACAUUCAGAGACUUGUCCUGUAGCAUCUCCUGCGUUAUCUUGGCUGUGUGCUUAGGGUCGUUGGCCUAUUGGAAGGUGAACCUUCAUCCCAGUCUGAGGUCCUGGGCGCUCUGGAGCAGGUUUUCAUCAAGGAUCUCUGUUAUUUGCGAAUGUUCAUCUUUCCCUCGAUCCUAACUAGUGUUCCAGUCCCUGCCGCUGAAAAACAUCCCCGCAGCAUGAUGCUGCCACCACCAUGUUUCACAGUAGGGAUGGUAUUGGCCAGGUGAUGAGCGGUACCUGGUUUCCUCCAGAUGUGACGCUUGGCAUUUAGGCCAAAGAGUUCAAUCUUGGUUUCAUCAGACCAGAGAAUCUUGUUUCCCAUGGUCUGAGAGUCAUUUAGGUGCCUUUUGGCAAACUCCAAGCAGGCUGUCAUGUGCCUAUACUGAGGAGUGGCUCCCGUCUGGCCACUCUACCAUAAAGGCCUGAUUGGUGGAGUGCUGCAAAGAUGGUUGUCCUGGAAUGUUCUCCCAAUCUCCACAGAGGAACUCUGGAGCUCUUUCAGAGUGACCAUUGGGUUCUUGGUCACCUGCCUGACCAAGGACCUUCUCUCCCGAUUGCUCAGUUUGGCUGGGGGACCAGCUCUAGUAAGAGUCUUGGUGGUUCCAAACUUCUUCCAUUUAAGAAUGAUGAGGGCCACUGUGUUCUUGGGGACCUUCAAUGCUGCAGACAUGUUUUGGUACCCAGAUUUGUGCAGACACAAUCCUGUCUCUGAGCUCUGCGGACAAGUCCUUCGCCCUCAUGGCUUGGUUUUUGCUCUGACAUGCACUGUCAAAUGUGGGACCUUAUAUAGACAGGUGUGUUCCUUUUACAAAUCAUGUCCAAACAAUAGCCCAAUAGCACAUUCCAUGAUCGAACGUUCUAAACACACUUCCUAUCGGUGUGGCAAUUUCCGGUCAGUCUAGUUGUUAUCGACGAUAUAACGUUACUACCACUAUGUCGCAGUUUUUUACUAGGUGUCUUCAGGACUUGCCUCAAAUUAAUAUUCAUGAUGUACAUCGAAUUGUUAAAUCAGCCCCCGAGACUCCAGCUAGCAAGAAUGAAAAGGGGUUCAAGAUGUAUAUAGGAAGCUACAUAAACAACUAUGAAGGUGAGUACCAAGUCAGUGACAGAUAUAACGUUAGCUGUAACUGUAGCUAGUACACUCAAUUGCUCCAAGAUGGCAUAGCAGUCAGACGUCUUUUGUCCUUGUCGUGUCCCAUAUAUAUAUAUAUAUAUAUAUAUAUUUACAACUUUCCUCGCAUAUAUUUUUUUAAUUUUCCAUAAACUCAUCUUCAAAACACUCUCCUGCAACCCGCCUCACCAAUUUAAUUUAAAUCUGUAAUCCUCCAUAGAAGCUAGCCUGAAGCUAACCAGAAGCUAGAUAGCUUCUUUACUAGCUAAUCGUUAGUGUUCAGCUAUCCUUUAGCUCGAAAAUCUAUCGCCAGUUUUGUACGGCGCGGCUCGGACCGGAACAUACCGGACCUAUUUUUCUCUCCAUGUCCCCGGAUUUCAACCGCUAACUCUGGACAUUUAUACCUGGAUCUCGCAGCUAGCUACCUGCUAUCCGUGUGACUAUCGGCUUACGUCGAUUCCGGAGCAAACAUCAAUUAUUCCGGAGCUAGCCAGCUGAAGAGUUCCAUCAGUCACUCCUGGGCAACAAUCACCUAUCCGGACCCGUUUUACUGCCAACGCGGAGCCCCACCGGGCCUUCACAACUGGACUACCAACGUUAUCUACCCGAGAGAGUUAUCCGGCUGGCUCCUCCGUCGCGACGUUACCUGAAUGCCCAUCUGCGGUCCGCUAAUCGUUAGCUGUCUUAUCGGCUGCUAUCUGAAUAGACCUAUCGGACAAUUUAUUUAUACAUUUUCUUUUUCUUCUUGGGCCUCCUCCAAUUUUUUGCGAAUUGGAUUGAUCCCCUCUACCACACGGAACCCCACUAAUCCUACCGACGGAAACGCACGAGGUGGUUAAAAACAGAUCUCCAUCCUAUGCUAGCUUGCUACCGAUGGCCCGGCUAGCUGUCUGAAUCGCCGUGACCCCUACCAACCUCACUACUCACUGGACUCUUUUGAUCACUCUACUAAGCAUGCCUCUCCUUAAUGUCAAUAUACCUUUUCCAUUGCUGUUCUGGUUAGUGUUUAUUGGCUUAUUUCACUGUAGAGCCUCUAGUCCUGCUCACUAUACCUUAUCCAACCUAUUAGUUCCACCACCCACACAUGCGAUGACAUCUCCUGGUUUCAAUUAUGUUUCUAGAGACAAUAUCUCUCUUAUCAUCACUCAAUACCUAGGGUUACCUCCACUGUAUUCACAUACUACCAUACCUUUGUCUGUACAUUAUACCUUGAAGCUAUUUUAUCACCCCCAGAAACCUUUUACUUUCUGUUCCAGACGUUUUAGACGACCAAUUCUUAUUGCUUUUAGCCGUACCCUUAUCCUACUCCUCCUCUGUUCCUCUGGGGAUGUAGAGGUGAAUCCAGGCCCUGCAGUGCCUAGCUCCACUCCUAUUCCCCAGGCGCUCUCUUUUGAUGACUUCUGUAACCGUAAUAGCCUUGGUUUCAUGCAUGUUAACAUUAGAAGCCUCCUCCCUAAUUUUGUUUUAUUCACUGCAUUAGCACACUCUGCCAACCCGGAUGUUCUAGCUGUGUCUGAAUCCUGGCUUAGGAAGACCACCAAAAAUUCUGAAAUUUUCAUCCCAAACUACAACAUUUUCAGACAAGAUAGAACUGCCAAAGGGGGCGGUGUUGCAAUCUACUGCAAAGAUAGCCUGCAGAGUUCUGUCCUACUAUCCAGGUCUGUACCCAAACAAUUUGAACUUCUACUUUUAAAAAUCCACCUCUCUAAAAACAAGUCUCUCACCGUUGCCGCCUGCUAUAGACCACCCUCUGCCCCCAGCUGUGCUCUGGACACCAUAUGUGAACUGAUUGCCCCCCAUCUAUCUUCAGAGCUCGUGCUGCUAGGCGACCUAAACUGGAACAUGCUUAACACCUACAAUCUAAGCUUGAUGCCCUCAAUCUCACACAAAUGAUCAAUGAACCUACCAGGUACCUCCCCAAAGCCUUAAACACGGGCACCCUCAUAGAUAUCAUCCUAACCAACUUGCCCUCUAAAUACACCUCUGCUGUCUUCAACCAAGAUCUCAGCGAUCACUGCCUCAUUGCCUGCAUCUGUAAUGGGUCAGCGGUCAAACGACCUCCACUCAUCACUGUCAAACGCUCCCUGAACCACUUCAGCGAGCAGGCCUUUCUAAUCGACCUGGCCGGGGUAUCCUGGAAGGAUAUUGAUUUCAUCCCGUCAGUACAGGAUGCCUGGUUAUUUAUUUUUUUAAAUGCCUUCCUAACCAUCUUAAAUAAGCAUGCCCCAUUCAAGAAAUUUAGAACCAGGAACAGAUAUAGCCCUUGGUUCUCCCCAGACCUGACUGCCCUUAACCAACACAAAAACAUCCUAUGGCGUUCUGCAUUAGCAUCGAACAGCCCCCGUGAUAUGCAGCUGUUCAGGGAAGCUAAUAACCAUUGUACACAGGCAGUUAGAAAAGCCAAGGCUAGCUUUUUCAAGCAGAAAUUUGCUUCCCGGAACACUAACUCAAAAGUUCUGGGACACUGUAAAGUCCAUGGAGAAUAAGAACACCUCCUCCCAGCUACCCACUGCACUGAAGAUAGUGUUUCCUGUCACCACUGAUAAAUCCACUAUAAUUGAGAAUUUCAAUAAGCAUUUUUCUACGGCUGGCCAUGCUUUCCACCUGGCUACUCCUACCCCGGUCAACAGCACUGCACCCCCCACAGCAACUCUCCCAAGCCUUCCCCAUUUCUCCUUCUCCCAAAUCCAGUUAGCUGAUGUUCUGAAAGAGCUGCAAAAUCUGGUCCCCUACAAAUCAGCCGGGCUAGACAAUCUGGACCCUUUCUUUCUAAAAUUAUCUGCCGAAAUUGUUGCCACCCCUAUUACUAGCCUGUUCAACCUCUCGUGUCGUCUGAGAUUCCCAAAGAUUGGAAAGCAGUUGCGGUCAUCCCCCUCUUCAAAGGGGAGGGACACUCUUGACCCAAACUGCUACAGACCUAUAUCUAUCCUACCCUGCCUCUCUAAGGUCCUCGAAAGCCAAGUCAACAAACAGAUUACCGACCAUUUUGAAUCUCACCAUACCUUCUCUGCUAUGCAAUCUGGUUUCAGAGCUGGUCAUGGGUGCACCUCAGCCACGCUCAAGGUCCUAAACGAUAUCUUAACCGCCAUCGAUAAGAAACAUUACUGUGCAGCCGUAUUCAUUCAUCUGGCCAAGGCUUUCGACUCUGUCAAUCACCACAUCCUCAUCGGCAGACUCGACAGCCUUGGUUUCUCAAAUGAUUGCCUCGCCUGGUUCACCAACUACUAUCUGAUAGAGUUCAGUGUGUCAAAUCGGAGGGUCUGCUGUCCGGACCUCUGGCAGUCUCUAUGGGGGCGCCACAGGGUUCAAUUCUUGGACCGACUCUAUUCAUUCUUGUUUCUCACUUCAGUCUUUCAUCACACUUAUCUUCACAGAUGGUGUUAAAGCACUCCGUACCAGUGAUAGUGGUCCAAAGCCACUGCUCCUGUGUUGCAGGAAGUGCUCUGUGCAAUCAUCUGGUGGCCCUUCCAUUCUGUGUUUACUUGAUUUCUUUCCCGCACCCGUUACUCAUUGCCUAAUUAAAGCCAAUACAAGCUCCGCACAAACUGAUAUUCACUACAACACAAAUGAUUGAUACAUGUCGUAGAUAAACAAAUUAUUAUUUUGCUGCUAGCAAAUAAACACAUGUACAUUUUCACUGGCUUGGCCCAUGCUCUGGACCGGAUCAGAGACGGCACAGUCCAUAGGCAGCGCACCUUGUUAUUCAUCCCCCUCAGUCGGAGCAGGAGGUUUCAGUCUUCUUUCCCAAACACCAGGUCUCCUUUGAAUGUGCCAGUUCCACGUGAAGACAGUAAGAACAACACAUAUUUUUAGGUAUUGUCGUCCCCCCAAUUUUUCCCUCAACAAAGUCACUUUCGAUGAAAUGUGUACUACACACCUUUGUGUGUUUGGUGACAGCAAAGUUGUCACGACGUACUGCCACCAACCACUUUUUUUCUGAGCUCUACAUCGACCGGGAAACGAUGGAAGCUCACAAUACCAUUUGGAUACCAAUACAUUUGGAAGGAACUGAACACAGAGGCACUGAACAAUGUUCAUUAGCACCUCCUUCGCGGAGCUGUAACGUAUUGUAACGUAGUCAUUGCGAACUAUUUGUCAGAAAUGCAUCGACGAUAGCUAGUAAGCUAAUGAUAAAAACAAUAGCAGAACUCGCUCCGGAAGUCAUCAACCCGGUCGGAAGUAAAUUAGUACAUUGGAGGCGGUAUAAUGCAUAGAGCCAAUUGAAUGUACCACAGGUGGACUCCAAUCAAGUUGUAAAACAUCUCAAGGAUGAUCAAUGGAAACAGGAUGCACCGGAGGUCAAUUUCAAGUCUCAUAGCAAAUGUCUGAAUACUUAUGUAAAUAAGGUAUUUCUGUUUUUUAUUUUUUAGAAAUUUGCAAAAAUGUCUAAACCUGUAUUCACUUUGUCAUUAUUAGGUAUUAGGUGUAGAUUGAGGGGGAACAUUAUUUAAUCCAGUUUAGAAUAAGGCUGUAACCUAAAUUUUAAAAAAUGUGGAAAAAGUGAAGUGAAUGCACUGUAUAAGCUUGGGUUACUAUACAUAUCUAAGACUUGUUCGAAAGACCAUAGUAACCCAACUGCAACUUUCUAUCCUAGAUUAUGGUGACAUCUAUCAAAACACAACCAAGACCUUACUUCGUGAAUUAAAUGUAAUUUAUAACUAUCCUUGCAGAUUCAUUCUUUAAUGUUAUUAUAAGACACAUCAUUGCACAAUGUGUGAAUCGUUAAAUUGUCUGUCACCCCCAAACAGAAGACAACUGCAUUGGUACCAAAUUAUUUUGAAAUGUAUUACAUUAAAUUUCCUUGUAUAUAUAGUUCCAGCCCAAAAUUUGGAAACACCUAUUCAUUCUGUGGUUUUUCUUUAUUUUUACUAUUUUCUUCUUUGUAGAAUAAUAGUGAAGGCAUCAAAACUAUGAAAUGACACAUAUGGAAUCAUGUAGUAACCAAAAAAGUGUUAAACAAAUCAAAAUAUAUUUUAUAUUUAAGAUUCUGCAACAGCUUUGCACACUUGGCAUUCUCUCAACCAGCUUCAUGAGGUAGUCAUCUGGAAUGCAUUUCAAUUAACAGGUGUGCCUUGUUAAGUUACUUUGUAGAAUUGAUUUCCUUCUAAAUCCGUUUCAGCCAAUCAGUUGUGUUGUGACAAGGUAGAAUUGGUAUACAGAAGUUAGCCCUAUUUGGUAAAAGACCAAGUCCAUAUUAUGGCAUGAACAGCUCGAAUAAACAAAGAGAAACGACAGUCCAUCAGUACUUCAAGACAUGAAGGUCAGUCAAUUCGGAAAAUUUCAAGAACUUUGAAAGUUUCUAGUGCAGUCACAAAAACCAUCAAGCGCUAUGAUGAAACUGGCCGCCACAGUAAAAGGAAGACCCAGAGUUACCUCUGCUGCAGAGGAUAAAUUCAUCAGAAUAACUGCACCUCAGAUUGCAGCCCAAAUAAAUGCUUCACAGAGUUCAAGUAACAGACAUGUCUAACAUUAACUGUUCAGAGGAGACUGCGUGAAUCGGGCCUUCAUGGUUGAAUUGCUGCAAAGAAAACACUACUAAAGUACACCAAUAAGAAGAGACUUGCUUGGGCCAAGAAACACAAGCAAGGGACAUUAGACCGGUGGAAAUCUGUCCUUUGGACUGAUGAGUCCAAAUGUGAGAUUUUUGGUUCCAACCGCCAUGUCUUUGUGAGACGCAGAGUAGGUGAAUGGAUUAUCUCCACCUGUGUGGUUCCCACCGUGAAGCAUGGAGGAGGUGGUGUGAUGUGUGGGGGUGCUUUGUUGGUGACACUCAGUGAUUUAUUUAGAAUUCAAGGCACACUUAACCAGCAUGACAACCACAGCAUUCUGCAGCGACACCAUCCCAUCUGGUUUGCGCUUAGUGGGACUAUCAUUUGUUUCUCAACAGGAUAAUGACCAAAACACACCUCCAGGCUGUGUAAGGGCUAUUUGACCAAGAAGGAGAGUGAUGGAGUGCUGCAUCAGAUGACCUGGCCUCCACAAUCACCCGACCUCAAUCCAAUUGAGAUGGUUUGAGAUGAGUUGGACCACAGAGUGAAACAAAAGCAGCCAACAAGUGGUCAGCAUAUGUGGGAACUCCUUCAAGACUGUUGGAAAAGCAUUCCAGGUGAAGCUGGUUGAGAGAAUGCCAAGCGUGUGCAAAGCUGUCAAGGCAAAAAUAAAAUAUAUUUUCAUUUUUUUAACACUUUUUUGGUUAUUACACAAUUCCAUGUGUUAUUUCAUAGUUGCCUUCACUAUUAUUCUACCAUUUGAACCAGCUUUCAUAUUGCAGAUUGAUGGAAGCUACAGUCUAUUUACAGUUGUGGCAAAAAGUUUUGAGAAUGACACAAAUAAAAAAUUUCACAGUCUGCUGCCUCAGUUUGUAUGAUGGCAAUUUGCAUAUACUCCCUGAAUGUUUGGAAGAGUGAUCAGAUGAAUAAAGUCCUGCAAGCACCAGGACCGUCUCCUAAAGUUGAUUCAGCUGCGGGAUCGGGGCACCACCAGUACAGAGCUUGCACAGGAAUAGCAGCAGGUAGGUUUGAGUGCAUCUGCACGCACAGUGAGGCGAAGACUUUUGGAGGAUGGCCUGGUGUCAAGAAGGGCAGCAAAGAAGCGACUUCUCUCCAGGAAAAACAUCAGGGACAGACUGAUAUUCUGCAAAAGGUACAGGGAUUGGACUGCUGAGGACUAGGGUAAAGUCAUUUUCUCUGAUGAAUCCCCUUUCCGAUUGUUUUGGGCAUCUGGAAAAAAACUUGUCCGGAGAAGACAAGGUGAGCGCUACCAUCAGUCCUGUGUCAUGCCAACAGUAAAGCAUCCUGAGACCAUUCAUGUGUUGCUUCUCAGCCAAGGGAGUGGGCUCACUCACAAUUUUGCCUAAGAACACAGCCAUGAAUAAAGAAUGGUACCAACACAUCCUCCGAGAGCAACUUCUCCCAACCAUCCAGGAACAGUUUGGUGAUGAACACUGCCUUUUCCAGCAUGAUGUAGCACCUUGCCGUAAGGUAAAAGUGAUAACUAAGUGGCUCGGGGAACAAAACAUCAAUGUUUUGGGUCCAUGGCCAGGAAACUCCCCAGACCUUAAUCCCAUUGAGAACUUGUGGUCAAUCCUCAAGAGGCGGGUGGACAAACAAAAACCCACAAAUUCUGACAAUCUCCAAGCAUUGAUUAUGCAAGAAUGGGCUGCCAUCAGUCAGGAUGUGAACCAGAAGUUAAUUGACAGCAUGCCUAGGGCGGAUUGCAGAGGUCUUGAAAAAGAAGUGUCAACACUGCAAAUAUUGACACUGCAUCAACUUCAUGUAAUUGUCAAUAAAAGCCUUUGACACUUAUGAAAUGCUUUUAAUUAUACUCCAGUAUUCCAUAGUAACAUCUGACAAAAAUAUCUAAAGACACUGAAGCAGCAAACUUUGUGGAAAUUAAUAUUUGUGUCAUUCUCAAAACUUUUGACCACGACUGUACAGUGGCUUGCGAAAGUAUUCACCCCCCUUGGCAUUGUUCCUAUUUUGUUGCCUUACAACCUGGAAUUAAAAUGUAUUUUUGGGGCGGUUUGUAUCAUUUGAUUUUCACAACAUUCCUACCACUUUGAAGAUGCUUUUUAUUGUGAAACAAACAAGGCAAAAAAAAUGAAAACUUGAGCGUGCAUAACUAUUCACCCCCCAAGGUCAAUACUUUGUAGAGCCACCUUUUGCAGCAAUUACACCUAAAAGUCUCUUGGGUUAUGUCUCAAAAAGCUUGACACAUCUAGCCACUGGGAUUUUUGGCCAUUCUUCAAGGCAAAACUGCUCCAGCUCCUUCAAGUUGGAUGGGUUCCGCUGGUGUACAGCAAUCUUUAAGUCAUACCACAGAUUCUCAAUUGGAUUGAGGUCUGGGCUUUGACUAGGCCAUUCCAAUAAAUGUAAAUGUUUCCCCUUAAACCACUCAAGUGUUGCUUUAGCAGUAUGCUUAGGGUCAUUGUGCUGCUGGAAGGUGAACCUCCGUCCCAGUCUCAAAUCUAUGGAAGACGAACAGGUUUCCCUCAAGAAUUUUAAUGUAUUUAGCGUCAUCCAUCAUUCCUUCAGUUCUGACCAGUUUCCCAGUCCCUGCCGACGAAAAACAUCCCCACAGCAUGAUGCUGCCACAACCAUGCUUCACUGGUGACAUCGCGUUUUCCUUGAUGGCCAAAAAAAAACAUUUUAGUUUUCUGUCCAGAGUACCCUCUUCCAUAUGUUUGGGGAGUGUCCCACAUGCCUUUUGGCGAACACCAAAUGUGUUUGCUUAUUUUUUUAUUUAAGCAAUGACUUUUUUUCUGGCUACUCUUCCAUAAAGCCCAGCUCUGUGGAGUGUACGGCUUAAAGUGGUCCUAUGGACUACAGGUCGACCGAUUAUGAUUUUUCAAUGCCGAUACCAAUAACGAUUAUUGGAGGACCCAAAAAAAAGGCUGAUACCGAUAAAAAUCGGCCGAUUUUUAUAUAUAUAUUUGAAAUAAUGACAAUUACAACAAUACUGAAUGAACAUGCAUUUUAACUUAAUAUAAUACAUCAAUAAAGUCAAUUUAGUCUCAAAUAAAUAAUGAAACAUAAAAUUAAAUAAUGCAAAAACACAGUGUUGGUGCAAUAUUUGCCAUGUAAAAAGGCUAAUGUUUAAGUUGAUUGCUCAGAACAUAUGAAAGCUGGUGUUUCCUUUUAACAUGAGUCUUCAAUAUUCCCAGGUAGGAAGUUUUAGGUUGUAGUUAUUUUCACUCUCCAGACAUUAUUUCCUAAAGGACUUAAUGAUGAAAUGCCUAUGUAUGUUAUGUUGUGAAUUUGAACAUGAAAUAUGUGUCUCUUGUAGAUUAUUCUGACAUUUUUCGUACGAUGUACCCAGUGACUAAUGAAAACUUACUAUGUCCUCAUUGAGAUUUUACAGGCGUGUUCAAUACGCCUUAUUUAUACACUUUUGUCAUAUUUAUGCAUAUUGUUAUAUUUGGUAGCACUUAUUUGUUUUUCCUUUGUCUCCAACCCCCUUCGAUGUGUAGAAUGGAUGUGGGUGGGGCCAGGUCUACAUAAGGGUGCAAAUUUGUAAAAAUCACAAAAGCUCUGAUGAAGGCCGUGUGGCCGAUAUGUAAGCUUAUUAAAUAUCGGUGAUACUAUCAA